AUGGCUUCUACUCCAAGAAAGUCCGUCUUUGGCUGGUUUCAGCCUUCUUCAACGAAAAUCUCCCUACCCCGCGAGUUUUCUCAGAAACGAAUCGUAAAGACACAACUAUUGGUGAAAUUUGUCGCGGUUUCGGUGGUCAUUUGGGGAAGCCCCCGUGAAUUCGUGGGGCUUAGACUGUCCAAGGAGUUGGAUCUCGGAGAGGGUGCCAUUGGUGCGCAGAAGGUUUCUGUUCUGCUCAUGCACCUCGAGAAAGAAGGCUUCUCCAAGCAGCUUCACGAAAAGUUCAUCUAUUACUACCAUGUGCGGGACCUGACUCUGCCAAGGCCCGAUUUCGAGGCCGUGUACCGGCUUGUAUUCGAGCACAGGCGAGACCCCGUGUGGACGGCUCUCGAGUACCCAGCCGACGCGAGCGUCUAUAAACACUGGAACUCGAGCCGCCACUACGCCAAGCUGAUCCUGGCCAUCGUGGCACAGGCCGGACACGCCGACGUGUUGCCCCUCGAGGCCAAGGGAAGCAGCGACGGGCAGCACCCCGCCGCCGCCGCCGCGCCCCGUGAGACCCCGACCGUCGGCGGCCGUGAGAUUGCCGGCGCCGUCGAGGGCAACCUCACGCCCUGGAUCAAGUACGUCAGCCUCAACAGCAAUAUCUGGACCUUGUAUCACGCGCUGCUGUACCUUCAGGAUGAAUACGAGGUCGAUCGUGCAAGGAAAUAA